AUGUCUGAAAAAAUGGAGGGUGUGACGGAGACACUUUCUCCAAUGCGUACAGCAGAAAGUGUCAUUCUUCCAAUUCCCCGAGAUACCUUUGAGAAGCUCUACCUUACCCCUAAGAUGCCGAUUGCGGGAAAUCUGCGGCGCACUUUCGGUAACCCAACCCCCAUAUCGUUGAUGGGCUUUUUAGUAGCCGCGACACCCAAUGCAAUGCUCCAUAUGGGUUGGAGGGGAGCUGGUGGAGAUGGAGGGGCCAUCCUGUGA